AUGUCCGAAGAUAGAAGGUCGGGGAGAUAACGGGAGAAGAGGCGAUGGCCGUCGCUGCUCCGCAGGUUACUGUCCCCUUCCUCUCGCCUCCUCCUCCCUCUUCCUCGUCCUCGUCCGCGGCAUACGCUUCCACCUCCAUCCUUCUCUCCCGCUCCAGGACCUCCGCUGCCCUUCGCCUCUGGCGAACUGGUCCCGCCGCCACCCGAUUCCGAUGCGCCGCCGGGCAGACCGGAUUCUUCACCCGGUUAGGUCGCCUUAUCAAGGAAAAGGCCAAGAGCGACGUGGAGAAGGUUUUCUCCGGAUUUUCCAAGACCCGGGAGAAUCUCGCCGUCGUGGAUGAGCUCCUCCUCUACUGGAACCUUGCCGACACCGAUCGAGUCCUCGACGAGCUAGAAGAGGCGUUGCUGGUAUCCGAUUUUGGGCCCAGGAUUUCUUUCAAGAUCGUGGACUGCCUUCGAGAAGAUAUAUUGGCGGGAAAGCUGAAGUCUGGGAGUGAGAUAAAGGAGGCUUUGAAAAGGAGUGUGCUUCAGCUGUUGACAAGCAAGGGCAAUAAGUCGGAUCUCCAACUAGGAUUUAGGUUCUGCAUCUACAUAUUAUUGUUCAUGAAUUCGUGCCUAAUUGUCCAUUGUUCUUAUUGGGUUGAAUUCAAGUUGCCGAAGAAUUUAUCUUUCUUUGCUACCAGGAAACCUGCAGUGAUUAUGGUUGUUGGUGUUAAUGGAGGUGGAAAGACAACCUCUCUAGGAAAACUUGCUUGCAGAUUGAAAAUUGAAGGGGUAAAGGUUUUAUUGGCAGCAGGUGAUACAUUUAGAGCAGCAGCUAGUGAACAGCUGGAAGUAUGGGCUGAGAGAACAGGUUCUGAAAUAGUUGUGGUGGAGGGUGACAAAGUCAAGGCUGCAUCAGUCCUUUCACAGGCUGUGAGAAAAGGAAAAGAGCAAGGUUAUGAUGUUGUCCUUUGUGAUACAUCUGGGCGUCUGCACACAAACUACAGCCUGAUGGAAGAGUUGGUUGCCUGCAAGAAAGCUGUUGCCAAAGUCAUUCCAAGUGCACCUAAUGAGAUUUUGCUUGUUCUUGAUGGAACAACAGGCUUGAAUAUGCUACCACAGGCGAGAGAAUUUAAUGAAGUUGUUGGAAUCACUGGAUUAAUUCUGACAAAGCUGGAUGGCUCUGCUCGCGGUGGAUGUGUGGUCAGCGUGGUAGAUGAGCUCGGUAUUCCUGUUAAAUUUGUUGGUGUUGGUGAAGGAGUAGAUGACCUCCAACCAUUCGAUGCCGAAGCCUUUGUGAAUGCCAUUUUCUCUUGAUUAAGCAGGCUCAAUCAAGCUUAUGACGAAGCCUUGUAUGGUUGCUUGAGGAUUGUGCAGAGUUUGGCUGUGCUUUACUGUCACUUCUCAGAUGGUUCAGUUUUGUGCAACUUCGACGGCUUGGAGAGCUGAAGACCUCCAUAUAUCAUAUCUCAAAGGUUGUUCGGAGAAGCAGUCCAUAUAUGGACACUCUUUGGAAACUUUGUAAUGAAAUCAUAUAUCUGUGCCAGAGACAGAUUAGUGCUCUUUUAUGUGAUCUUGAUGGAAACAAGACCGGCAGCAUUGUCAACUGUACUAUCUUUUUUAGUUCAUUCUCCGCUCUUUAAGAGUUUUGACACAGUUAAA